UUUGUCUUUUGUUGUUGAUGUUUUUCGGCUCCAGGCCAUUGAAGCCAUUAACGGAGUAGAGCAGGAGUUUUCCGCGGAGGAGUUGACCGACAUGGUGUUUAACAAGAUCGACGUUAACGGAGACGGCGAGCUGUCUCUGGAUGAGUUCAUCGAGGGCAUCCAGGCGGACGAGGUUCUGUCGGUGAUGCUGACUCAGAGUCUGGAUCUGACUCACAUCGUCAGUAAUAUCUACACAGACAUCGACUCUGAGCAGCAGCUCAACUGACCCCAGACCAGCCGAGACCAGGGUGCCAAACCAGAGGAAGACGAGGAGCGUGAAGCUUUAAACCCUCACAGUAUUAAUAGUGUUCAUCUGCAUUUCAGCAGCCUGAUUAUUCACCCUUAACCUCACACAGUAACUUCGUUUAAGUGCACUUACAUAGGUUUUAUUUGUGAUGUUAAAACCUUAGGUUUCAACAAAACCUGUGAAAUACUUUUCUUCAGCCCUGUGAUGUGUAUCAGGCAAAUAAUCUGUCCUGCAAGAACUCGAUUUUAAUGUGACUCGGUGUUAUUAUUAUAGAUAUGAAGCAUCGUAGUGUGCAUUUGUACUGUUACUGUAAUUUUACACUUCCCCCAUUUCAAAAUAAAACAUGCAACGUGUUCUUCUGGGGUUUAUUUGGAUGGACACAAAUCUCUCCGGCUUCAUUAAAGUAUCUUAGGUUUUGUUUCAAAGAUGAACGCUCGACUUAAAGGGUUUAGAGUUUAGAAAUGUAAUUUUGUACAAUCUAAUAGAUGAAUAGAAAAUGAAGUUUACCCAGCUUCUUCAAGUGUCAAGUUAAAGUCAUGCUGUGUACAAGUAUAAUGUGCAAAACACAUCCAGAUCCAGUUAGUCAUCAUUAUAGCGCCACCUUCUGGCGGACUCACGCAAAGACACAGAAGCGCGUCUGCAUCUAAAUUAAUGACCAUUUAUUUAUAUUAAAAAUACAUUUCUAUGAGUUUGCAUCUGCUUAUUGUAUUCAUGAGGACAACUGAAGAAGAAACCGCAUCUUCAGUGUUUCAUUUCUGGGUUAAAGAAGGAAAAUAAAUGGACGCAGAAAAUGUAAUUUCAAUAAAUAUGAAAUAAUUUUUUGUCUCAGUCUCCGGGGGCGCAGGUCAGCUCUCUCAGUGUUUCUCUUUCGAUUUCGAUGUUUGUCUUGCUGUGAAAAUGGCGUCAGCAGCAGCAGACAGACACAGUCCAGUUCAUCAGCGUCCUAACAUGAGUGAUCUGAGGAUUGUGCUGAUAGGAAAGAAUGGAUCAGAAAACAGACGGGUGGCAAACAGUAUACUGGGUACAACAGUAUUUAACAGUGAAGCUGCAUCUUAUUUACAGCAGCACAGUGUGAGAAUCAGUGGAAAAGGGGAGGGGAGACACAUCUCAGUCAUCAACACUCACCUGCUCCAGCCGAAUCUCUCAGAGCAUCAGAUAAUAGAGGCAGUGAGAGAGUGUGUGUCUCUGUCUGCUCCAGGACCUCAUGUGUUUGUACUCGUAAUGCAGUAUAAUGACUUCACUGAGAACGACAGACACAGAGUGAAAUAUGUGCUGAACCUCUUCAGUGAGCAGGCCAUGAAACACACUAUAGUGCUGACUACUGAUGAAGAGACACACAGAUUCAUAUUCAGAUAUAGGAAUAUCGCUAUUCAUGAUUUAAUAAAGGAGUGUGGAGGAGGACAUCUACAGUUUGAUGCAACAAACCCAGGAUCGCGAUCUGAGUUUUUCAGAAAAAUAGAGGAGAUACUCAAGAAAGAACACAAAGAAUGUCUCAUCUGUGACACGCAUGAGGGUGAUGGAUCAUCAGUGGAGGAAGAUCUGAGCAGAUCUGGAGCUUCAGUCAGAGGAGACGAGAUAAAGAAGGAUUCUGAUCUCAAAGAGAGCACAGAAACAGCACGUGAUGGAAGAGUGACGACUACAGGAAAAGCAAAGCUGAACAUUGUGCUGUGUGGAAAUAAUCCAACACUCAAGAACUCAGUGUCUAGAAUGUUUAGAGGGGCAACGAGUAAACCUCAGAAAGAGAGGAGCAAUGUGUUUGUGAAGAAAGAGGGAACGAUUCAUGGACGGCAGAUCAGUGUAAUAGAGCUUCCAGCUCUCACUCAGCUCUCAGAGGAGGAAGUGAUGCGGGAGACUUUCCACUGUUUGUCUCUCUGUGAUCCUGGAGUUCAUCUUUUCAUCCUCGUUACUCCUGUCACUCCACUCACUAAUGAAGACAGAGCAGAAAUGGAGAAGAUUAAAGGAAUAUUUUACUCACAAGAGCACUUCAUGGUGCUUUUCAUCACUGAACUCACUGUUGACAGAAGUGUGUUAGAUUUUGUAGAAUCCACAGAAUCUCAGAGGAUUGUGAGUCUCUAUGGGAGCUGGUACAGUGUGAUGGGGUUAAAGGACCAGAGAAACUCACAACAGAUCUCAAAGCUGUUAGAUUGUAUAGACAGCAUGAAGAUUGAACCCUAUUCUCUUCAGAUGCACAUAAAAGCUCCAGAGAAGAAAGUCAGACAUGAACUAGAGGAGAAAUUGAGAGUGAGAGAAAAUGAAAUCAAAGAGUUGCAGAAAAAGAUCAAGACACUGGAGGGUGUGAAGCUGAAUCUGCUUGUGUGUGGGAGUAACAGAGGAUUAAAAUCCUUCACAUCAAAGCUGAUCCUGAAGCAGAGCGAGAGAAGAUCAGAGCUGAGCUCAGAGUGUGUGAGGAGAGACGUGGAGCUUGAUGGACGUCUGAUCAGUCUGGUGGAGCUUCCAGCUCUGUUCAACACUCAGCUCUCAGAGGAGGACGUGCUGCGUCAGACUCACCGCUGUGUGUCUCUCUGUCAUCCUGGAGUUCAUGUGUUCAUCCUCAUCAUUCCUGAUGCUCCACUCAAUAAUGAAGACAAAGCAGAAAUAGAGGAGAUCCAGAGGAUCUUCAGCUCAAGAAUCAACAAACACAUCAUGAUCCUCAUAAAGCAGAAUCCAGAGCAUCAGACAGCAGAACUAAAUGAAGAAACACAGUCUGUCAUUGAGAGAUUUGGAGGACGACAUCAUAUCAUUGACCUGAACACACAAGUGUCUGAGCUGAUGGAGAAACUGGAGCAGAUGGUUGAGGAAAAUAGUGGUGAUUGUUUCUCCACAGAGACAUUGAUGGAGACACAGAUGGACAAACUGCAGAAAUUUGAAGAAAUGAAGAGGAGAAUCUAUUCAUUAGAGACGUGGUUUCAGUCACAAGAUUUAAGAGAAAGAGAAGGUGAACUGAGGAUUGUGCUGCUGGGAAAAACUGGAGCUGGGAAAAGUUCAACUGGAAACAACAUCUUAGGAAGAGAAGUGUUUAUAUCAGACUUUUCUGAAGAGUCUGUUACUACAGUGUGUCUUAGAGAGAACGCUGAAAUCAGCGGCAGACACAUUACUGUGAUCGACACUCCAGGACUGUUUGAUACUGAACUCAGUAAUGAAGAAAUCCAGAGAGAAAUCACUAACUGCAUCUCCAUGAUCCUGCCUGGACCACAUGUGUUUCUCUUAGUGAUUCCUCUGGGACGAUUCACUCAAGAAGAACAAACAGCAGUGAAGAUCAUCCAAGAGACAUUUGGAGAAAACUCUUUAAUGUUCACCAUAGUGCUCUUCACCAGAGGAGACUUUCUGAAGAACAAAACCAUUGAUCAGUUUCUGGGAGAACCUGGAUCUGCCCUUAAAAACCUGAUUGAAGCAUGUGGAAACAGAUACCAUGUGUUUAAUAAUGAGACUGGAGACCGAACACAGGUGACUGAUCUACUGCAGAAGAUAGACAACAUGGUGAAAGAGAACGGAGGGAGUUACUUCUCAUGUAAGAUGUUCAGAGAGAUGGAGAGAGAAAAACAAGAACAACAGAAGAACAUACUGAUGGAGAAAGUGGAGCAAGUGGUCAGAGAAAAAGAAGAACUGAUGAACAAACAUAAAGAAGAGAAACAGAAGAUGAAGAUAAAGAUGGAGGAACAUCAUGACAAAGAGAGAAAGAGAAGAAAAGAAGAAUUUAUUGAGAGAGAAGAACGAUAUAAAAGAGACAUCAAAGAAAGAGAAGAACAAGAGAGAAAAAUACAAGAGGAGAUGAAGAGGGAACGAGAGGAAUGGGAGAAUCAGAAACAACAGGAAAGACAAAGAAGAGAAGAAGAGGAGGAGAAAUGGAGAAACAAAGAACAGGAAACAUGGGAUGAAUAUUACGAGAAACUUAAACGAGAGAGAGAAAGAAGACUGAGAGAGAGAGAAGAUCUUCAGUUAAAACAUGAAGAAGAGAGAGAGAGAAUGAUGCAGGAAGAAAGACAGAAUCAUGACAAAGAGCGAAAGAGAAAAGAAGAAGAAUUUAUUGAGAGAGAAGAACAAUAUAAAAGAGACAUUAAAGACAUAGAGGAACAAGAGAGAAAGAUACGAGAGGAAAUGAAGAGAGAACGAGAGGAAUGGGAGAAACAGAAACAACAGAAAAGACAAAGAGAAGAAGAGGAGGAUGAGAGAAGGAGAAAGAGAGAACAGGCAAUGUGGGAUGAACAUAAUCAGAGACUUAAACAAGAGAGAGAGAGAAUGAAGAAUAUGUUGGAUGAGGAAAGACAGAAUCAUGAUCAACUGAGAAAGAGAAGAGAAGAAGAAUUUAGAGAGAGAGAAGAACGAUAUAAAACAGAGAUAAAGAGAGAACGAGAGGAAUGGGAAAAACAGAAACAACAGGAAAGACAAAGAAGAGAAGAAGAGGAGGAGAGAAGGAUAAAGAAAGAAAAGGAAACAUGGGAUGAAUAUUAUGAGAAACUUAAACGAGAGAGAGAAAGAAGACAGAGAGAGAGAGAAGAUCUUCAGUUCAAACAUGAAGAAGAGAAAGCUCAGAAAUAUUGAAUGAACGAGACAGUGGAGCAGUUACUGGGCCUGAACUUUGCUGUGGAGCAAAGCUGAAGCGGGUUUCACUCAGUGAGCGGAGAGCGAUGGAACAGCGAUGAAUGGAAAUCCCAGAGCGCUUACAGAAUGCUCUGGCACUCUACUCACAUACAGUACUCUUCUUCCA